AGGCUGCACCGCCUCUUUGGCCUUCCCCCAGCCUGGACCCCGCCCCCCAGCGGAACCAGGAGCGCCAGCCGCAGCCACGCCUCCGAGGUCCGGGCAGCUCCGACGCCCAAUGGCCAGGGAACACGGAAGCUCCGCCCAUGGGCCUUUUUGCGCAUGCUCUGCAGCCUCGCGCCGUCCGGGAAGUAGGGAGAAGGUGCUGUCAUCGGAGACCCAGCUGUCAUGGAAGACGCUGCUGUCGUGGAAGACGCUGCUGUCGUGGAAGACGCCGCAACGCCCGGGACGACUCAGGGAGUCAUAGAAAACCAAGGAGUUCUGUCAGCGGAGCCCUAGUGGAGCUCACCCCGACCCCCGGCGGCCUGGCCCUGGUGAGCCCCUACCACACCCACCGGGUCGGAGACCCCUUAGACCUCGUGGCGCUCGCAGAGCAGGUGCAGAAGGCUAAUGAAUUUGUCAGAGCAAAUGCCACCAACAAGCUGACAGUCAUAGCCGAGCAAAUCGAACAUUUGCAAGAACAAGCCAGGAAGGUAUUGGAGGAUGCUCGCAGAGAUGCUGACUUGCACCAUGUAGCUUGUAAUAUAGUGAAAAGACCUGGCAACAUUUACUACCUUUAUAAACGGGGGAGUGGCCAGCGGUAUUUUUCCAUUAUUUCUCCAAAGGAAUGGGGGACAGGUUGUCCACAUGACUUCCUUGGUGCGUACAAGCUACAGCACGACUUGUCCUGGACUCCGUAUGAGGACGCUGAGAAGCAGGAUGCUAGAAUCAGCAUCGUGACCAAGUUGCUAAGCCAGCCAGUGGCUCUGCCUCCGAGCACUGAACCCAGCUUCCAGGGCUUCACUUCCACUGAGAGUGGACUCUGACAAAGGCUGUCAUGGCUAGGACCUGUCACCUCCUUGUUGCCCCAAUCUCUGCCUUGAUGGGAGGUGGCAUGAGAAUCGAGGACAUGUAGGGGAAUCAUGAACUUCUUUGAAAGUGGUCCUGUGUGAAUGUAAAUGCUGUCGUUAUUACUUUUAGUUGGGAUGGUAAAGAAUCACAUCAGUCUCUUUUGGGAUCCUCUCCAGGUCACAGAUACUCAACUCGUCAGUUUCAGAGUAUUGGCCAGUGUACUUUCCUUCUCCUUUAUCUCCAUCUGUUCUCCCAUAAGUCAGAGCAUUAGAGAAAGAAGGGUUUCUUCUUCCCUCGAAAAGAUUGGCAGGUCAUUUUCCAGAGAGGACUGUUGUUAGUCUCUUAGUAACUAGAAGGGUUUGAGAUUGGGGUUGUGGCUAUUGAACAGUUGGUGCAACUCCAGCUUCAGAUUCGUCUGGGAACCAGAAUGUUGGGUACUGGCGAUGAUAAACAGCUUGGCUUGGCUUGCGAGCGAGUAUGUGGUUCUGGUAUUUCUGCACGAUUGAUAAGGUUUGGCUUGUCCCAUUCUGCUCUUUCUGCCGAGCUAGGAUGACUGGAGAAUUUAAGGCAGCAGCAAUGGCCAGGUUUCGGGACAGUCAGCCUCUAAACUCACAGAAUUUUAGACUUGGAAGAGAUUUCGGAGGCUACCACUAACAACGUUAUGAAUCCACUCUCUAGCCCCACUGAGCAGGAGAUCCAGAGUUCCGCCAUCUGCAGCAGGAAGAAUCCAUUAAGUGGCAACUUUAGAAUAUUGUGGAAAAGAGAGUAGGACAGUGGGUGAGAAACAAGAAAAACAGCCAACCUGUUGAUUAUGAGUUAACGCGGAUUAAAAUUCAUUUUGACCUGAAUUAUUCAGGAACUUAACAGAAGCUUUUUGGCUGAGUUACUCUAUGCUGAUUCUGACUGAGCUCUUGUGGGACUCUACCUCAUUUCCUGUUUGUUCAGUGGAAUUAGCUAAAUUGAUAGCACAGCCAGCAUUGCUGUACUUCCUUCAGUGCCAUAUAAUCUAUUACAACAUGCUGUAAAAGGAGUGAGAGAUCUGUACUUGAAAUCAAAUUGCCCAAGUUCCUUUCUGGGGAUGAAUGUCCUUUGUGUUGAUCUGCUUGGUGAUGCCACAAUCUCAUCCUGGUGUUAAAGGCCUUUCCUUAUAAGCUUCGCUCCUUGUGAGCUGUAAAUGGUCCACAAGGGCCUAGCAGAGGUUGGGACUAGAUUCUGUCAAGGUCACACAGAUGAUACUUGGUCACUCAGUUCAGAGGAGGAUGCUCUGGAGGCAGCCGCGAAAGCCUCUGGCUGGGAGGCUGCAGGAAAUGGGACACACACACACACUAGUGGUAUAGUAGUUGAUUCUUACUACCGAAAGUUUCCCAGAUUUUCAGAAGGUUUUGCAUGAUAAUGACAUUUUGAGUAGGUGCUUUGUUAUCCAUUGCUGCAUCAGUUACCACAAACUUAGUGGCUUUAAACAGCACACAUUUAUUAUUUCAGAGUUUCUAUGGAUCAGGAGUUGAGGCACACUUAACUGGGUCCUCUGCUUCAGGGUUUCUUUUCUCACAAGGCUGCAGUCGAAUUACUGGCCAGGCCUGUGUCCUCAUCUGAAGGCUCAACUGAAGAAGGAUCUGCUUCCAAGCUCACUUAAAUUGUUGGCAGAAUUUCAGUUCCUCAAGGGUUUGUAGGACUGUGGAGCUCUGUUUACUAAUGAACUGUUAGCCAGAGGCCGCCCUUAGUUCUUUGCUACAUGAGUCUUACCAACAUGGCAACUGUCUUCAUCAAAACCAACAAGGAUGAGAGUCUGCUAGCAGGAUGGAAGUUAUGGCAGUGACAUCUCAUACCUUGGCUGUGCUCUGUUAAUUAGAAACAAGUCACUAGGCCAGCCCACACUCAAGGGAGGUAAUUACCUAAGGGUAUGAAUACCAGAAGGUGGAAAUCCUUGAAUCUUAGAAUCUGUGUGCCGCAGUGCUCAGUUGAGAGGGAGAAGGAAGGCUGUGGCUGGAAGAGGCAGUAUCACAAAGUGGUUAGGCUUGGUGGCUUUGAAGUCACAGAUCUGGACGCGACUCUCAGCUCUGACAGAAUAACCUCCCCUAGUGUUCCUGCUUCCUCCUCUGGUCCCUUCUCCAGUCCAUUCUGUAAUCAGUCAUCAGCUUGAUCUUUUGAAAAUGCAAAUCCACCUCACCCUUGACAUCUAUCCUAACCACUGGAACAGAGAGCAGUGUGAUUCAGGAGCAAACUUUCUUCCGUUCAAUAAGGUGUGCUCCUGGCACAGACCAGCAGGUGGUGCCAUUGUGCUUUCCUGAUUAAGCCAGUUACCAAGCUUAGAGAAAGUGGCAUUGUGAAGUGAUUUUGGAGGUAGCAUCUCCUAGGGGGACUAGGACCCAGUGAUUAUAAACAGUAACCAUUUUUCACUCAUCCAUCCAUCUAUCCAUCCAUAAGUGAGUAAUACUUAAUUACUGAGUAUUAAGUGCCUUCCAGGUUCCAGAUUCUGGAGAAUGACCCAGGUGAGUAAGACAGGCCCCUAUUUCUAGGAAGCUUACGGUCUAGUGGGGGAGACAGCAAGUCAGCCAUUACAACAUGGUAUAAGAAGGACUAUGAUAGAGGUGCACAUGGAAUAUCAUGGAGCACCGGGGAGGGCUGCUUAACUCAGCUUGGAGAAUUUGAGAAGGCUUUUUGGAAGAGCUGACACCUGCUUGGGUGUUGAAAAAGAAGCAAGAGUUAGAGCUUGUUUGGAGGCUCCAACUGUCGUCUCUGUAGGAAGGUUGUCUUUGGGGGUUAGGGCAGGGUUUAUUUUUGGAUGGAGUUUAUUUGUGAAUGAACAAAGGGAUAUCCACUUAACAAGCCAUAUCGACCAGAGUAAUCCUGCCAGUCAGGAAGGGUGGAGUGAGAUAGGUCCCAGCCAGAACACUCUUACUUCUAACAGCUAGGAGGUAGGUAGAUGAGGAAUCGGAUGAAAAGCAAUUCUAGACAAAAAAUAGCACGUGGGGGACACUGACAAGAAGCAAUAUGACAUUUGGGGAAUUGCAGCUACAGUGAAGAAUAGUGGCCAGGCGGUAUGAGAGGAGAGCUAAUUGAAGGGUUGGCGGUAGGGAGUUGGUAAAAUUGGCCUUUUUAGAAAGCUCAUCUUGGCAGUGGAGGGUGAGUGGGGGAGAAACCACUGGGAGCCUCCAGCCCAGUCCAAGCAAGAGGUUUGAACAAAGAUGGUGAUGGACUGAGAGGUGUUGUAUUUCAUCAAUUGUAAACGUACUUUUCUUCCCCCACGUUUUAAUCUCUCAGACCUAGAUGCUUCUAGAUGUCAGUAGUAUGUCAUCAUUUAAUAAUGGUUUGUCUUAACAGUGGAUGGCAUCUUAGGCUUGAUGAAGUAUGGCAUUUUGAAAGUACAGUAGAUCGCCAUCUUGUUAAUUAAUACGAUGUGGCACAAUGAGUGGAAGGAAAGAAUCUUAGAUAAUGCUUGAAUUUCUGGCUUGAGAGUGUGGAUGGGGCUUCCCUGGUGGCGCAGUGGUUGAGAGUCCGCCUGCCGAUGCAGGGGACGCGGGUUCGUGCCCCGGUCCGGGAAGAUCCCACAUGCCGCGGAGCGGCUGGGCCCGUGAGCCAUGGCCGCUGAGCCUGCGCGUCCGGAGCCUGUGCUCCGCAACGGGAGAGGCCACAACAGUGAGAGGCCCGCGUACCGCAAAAAAAAAAAAGAGAGAGUGUGGAUGGUGGGAAUCCACUCAACAAAAUGUGGACGAGGAAGACAUCCCUGCUAUUUUCCAAAAUAAUUAGCAAUCUGUAUUUGCCUCAAUAAUCCACCAUGCUGGCCCUGCCUGGUUCACUGGGUGUAACAGCUGACACUACCUCCUUUUCUCCACAUUAGCAUUCCAGAAGGAGGGAAAGAAGGCUUGCUUGUGUCCUUACCUUCUCAAGUUAUCAGUCAGUCCACAAGUAUUGAGAGUAUUGGUGGUGUAGACACAAAGAUGAUAAAUACUGUUAAGUGAGCUUUUUUUCUGCCAAGCAUAGCCAACUGUUUGAUUUAAUCUUUAUAUAAUCCACCAUCUAUGAGGUAUUAUACAGUAUUCCUAUUUUACAGAGCUGGGGCAUCUCAGACGUUAAGCAACUGGCCCAUGGUUACACAGAUAAAAAGUGGCAGAGGUCAGGCUCAGACAUUACUAUUUGAUUAAAGUCUGACCAUAGCUAUAACCAUAACCUGUUUUGGCCGAUUAGGACAGUCCUAGAAUAUCUCUACAUAGAGGUGUGAAGAAGUUAAAAUACAAAAGUGACAGAGUAACAUGUGCAUAUGGGAUACUAUAGGGGUAGUUCACUUGAGUAUUUAGUGAUGAGCAUGCAGACGAUGUAUAUCAAGGUCCAGAGAAGAUAAGUAACUUACCUAAGGUCACACAACUUAAAAACAAUUGAGCCCACAUCUCUGGCACUAAAGCCCAUGUGCAAACCCCCCACAUACAAGAUAGGGUUCAUUCCCUAAAGGAGUCAGAGCUUGGGAGGGAGGAGCUACUAAGUGCCUGGAGUAAUUAGACUUCCGUGGUCCAAGCAGCAUUUGAUUCAGUGGACUACUUCCUACUGAAAAGCUUUGUUCUUCAUUUUGAUUUGGAAUAUUACCGUCUUCUGCUUCACUGACUGCAUCUUUUCUGUCUCCUGACACUUAUAGUUUGGACUGCUCUGGGGCCAAGUCUUUGGCCCUCUUUUCUUUCUCUACUAGGUGAUCUAAUCAUUUCCCAUGGCUUUAAAUGCCACCCGUAUGCUCUUGACUCACAUGUGUGUCUCCAGUCCUGAUCCCUCCCUGAGUUUUAUGCAGACUUCAUUUAUCGAACAAACAGCUUCACUUGAUGUCAUUACAAACCUAACGUGCCCAAAAUGGAAGUCUUGAGUUAUACCCCAAACCUGUUUUGUUACCAGUCCCUCUCUUUCCAUCAGCACCUGUGUCACACUGCUGUUGAGGCCAGAAACCCAAGUCAUCCUGAUUCUGUUUGUUCUUCCCACACCAAUCAGCAAGUCUUCUCAGCUCUGUCUUCAAAAUACAUCCCACAUCUGACUGCUGCUCAUCACCUCCACCCCUCCCCCCUUAGUCCAGGCCACCAACAUCUCUAGCCUGGACGAAUGCAGUAGCCUCCUAACUUGCCUCCCUGCCUCCAUUCUCACCCUCCUUCAUUCUGUUUCCACAGAGACUGUAGUCAUUCUCUUAAAAAUGUGAGUCAGGUUAUAAUACCUCUGUAAAAAAUGACCCCCAAAUUUCUCAUUACACUUAGAAUAAAGUCCAAACUCUUGCCAAGGUUCUAUGUGAUGUACCAUUCUCAGUACUCACUGCAUUUCCCACUGACUGUGCUCAGCUCAUCAGCACAUCAAGCCUGUUCCUGCUCCAGCGUCUUUACAUUUGUAGCUCCAACUGCCUGGAACAUUUCCCCCAAGGUCUUUUCAUGGUUUGUGUCUUCUCAACAUUUAGGUCCCUGCUCAAAUAUCACUUCACUCAUUACCCUAUCAGAAGUACCAGCUCCUCUCACGUCAAAAUACUGCUGACCCUGUUUUGAUUUCCAUGGCGCUUGUCGUGACUAGACAUUUGUUGCCUUUGCCCCAUACUUGAGUGUAAGUUCUCUGAGGGCAGAAACAGUGUCUGUCUUGUUUAUUGCUAUAUCCCUAGCACCUAAAAUAGUGCCUGGCACAUAAUAAAUACUCUAGUAAUGGAUGGAUGGAUGGACAUCUGCAGCUCCGUACUUAUAUCCUGCAGGGCGUCUAAGUCAAUGCAGCUAAGAGAAAUAGAAUGUGAGCCACGUGUGUGAUGUAAAAUUUUUUAGCAGCUACAUUAAAAAAUAAGGAAAAACAGGUGAAAUUAACUUUAAUAAUUUAACCCAGUAUAUAAGAAUAUUAACAUUUUAACAAACAAUACUAAAAAUUAGUUAUUUUACGUAUUUUUUUAAAACUCAGUAUUCAAACUCUGGUAAAUGUACAGCUGCCUCAAUUCGGACUAGCCACAUUUCAUGCACUCGAGCCACAUGUGGCUAGUGGCUAUCAUGUUAGUACAAGUGUAGACAGUCACCCUACUGUUCUUGUUCUCCAGAACGGGAGGAAGCUAGAAACUUCUGGUGGUUGGGGAGGAGGGUGUUUCUUAGCUCUCCCUGCUUCGUCUCCCUCUUCUGAAGGAAGCCUUGGGGAUGUCCAGGCUAACAGAGGCAUGAUCAUGUCCUUAGAAUGAUGGUGAUGGUGAUGACUGAGCUGCUGCGCUGUGCUGAGCAUUUCAUAUAAGCUCAUUUAAUUCUCACGGCAAUCCCAUUUUACAGAUUUGCUUGCGGAAACCAAAGUAACUUGUUCAAAUUUACACAUCUGCCAAGUGUUAGAGCUGGAAUGUAAAUCUGGCUAAACGUUAAGGCCGGUAUUAUGAUCGU